UGUUCAACCAUCUUGUGAUCUUCAUCUUUAAAGAAACACUAUGAAAAUAAUCUAUAUCCUGUUAAUUAUUUCCUUUACAUUUGAUUUCCUUGAGAAAGUUGUUUCAAAUCCUAAUCCUCAUACAUACGAAGCAAUUUUCAACUUUGGUGACUCUUUAAGUGACACUGGCAAUUUCCUUGCUUCUGGUGCCAUUUCAUUCCCAGUCAUUGGAAAGCUUCCAUAUGGUGAAACCUUCUUUAGACAUGCAACCGGUCGUUGCUCAGAUGGACGACUAGUGAUUGAUUUUAUAGCUGAGGCAUAUGGGUUGCCAUAUUUACCACCUUAUCUGGCACCAACCAAAGGCCAAAACAUUCAUAGUGGAGUAAAUUUUGCCGUGGCUGGAGCCACAGCACUUGAUGCAAAAUUCUUCAGCAGAGAAGGACUUGAAAAAUUUCUAUGGACAAAUGAUUCAUUGAGUAUUCAGCUUGGCUGGUUCAAGAAACUGAAACCCUCCCUUUGCACCACUAAACAAGAUUGUAAUAAUUAUUUCAAAAAGUCUCUCUUUCUUGUGGGGGAGAUAGGUGGUAAUGAUUAUAACUAUGCUGCCUUUGCUGGAAAUAUUAGUGAACUUCGAGCCAGUGUUCCUCCAGUUAUUGAAACAAUAACAAUGACUAUCAGUGAAUUGAUAGCUGAAGGAGCAGUGGAGCUGUUGGUGCCAGGGAAUUUGCCAAUUGGAUGCUCUGCCCUGUACCUAACUUUAUUUAGAAGCAUGAAUAAGGAGGAUUAUGAUCAAAGUGGAUGUUUGAAAGCUUUCAACGCUUUUGCAGAAUACCAUAACAAGCAGCUCAAUCUUGCCUUAGAGACACUAAGACAAAAGAAUCCUCAUUCAAGGAUAAUGUAUGCUGACUAUUAUGGUGCUGCCAAACGCUUCUACCAUGCACCAGGACACCAUGGGUUUACUAGUGGGACAUUAAGAGCAUGCUGUGGUGGAGGUGGACCUUUCAAUUUCAACAUCUCAGCAAGGUGUGGUCACAAUGGUUCAAAGGCAUGCGCAAAUCCGUCUGCACAUGCAAACUGGGAUGGAAUUCACUUGACAGAAGCAGCUUAUAGACUCAUUGCCGAAGCUCUAAUUAGCGGUCCUUUCUCAAAACCCCUUCUCAAACCGUCUCUCCAUAAGAUAGCCUAAAGACUUGAUGCAA